AUGACGUCUUCCGACUCGACUCGCGAGCGUCCCAACGAGCUGCAGGCCCCGGCGCCUGCGAGCGCCUCACCCUUCAACGGCGAGGGUCCUCUGCGAAACGAGGGAAAUCAGCUGCAUGCGGCGAGUGACAGCCAGGAGGGGAGCCCUCGAAACUCGGGCAUGCCCAACUGGAUCACGUCUCUGGAGGAGGAACUCGACAAGAAGCUGCUGGUGGUCUUGCGGGACGGCCGGAAGUUGAUUGGCUACUUGCGGACAUUUGACCAGUUCGGGAACAUAGUCCUCGAAGGCACAGUGCAGCGCCUGCUCGUCGACAACGCUUACGCCGACCUCUACGUCGGGUGCAUGAUUGUUCGCGGGGAUAACAUGAUUCUCUUUGGCGCAGUCGACGACUCUCGCCCCACGCCGCUCGAACCCAAGCCGCUGUGCGACGUCCUCGCGGCGAAGCAGGAGCAAGAGGAACAGGAAAGGCAGAAGCGAGUCGGGCACCGAGCGUGGCUAGACCGACAGCUCGGCGAGGACUGGUGA